AUGUCUUCAGCGGAAGAAUCUCCAGCCCAAAGGGCAGCUCGUCUGCGCCGUGAACGCCGCGAAGCUAAGAUACGAGAAGGAGGAGCAUCUCGAUUGGACAAGAUUACGAGCCUAAGCGGACGGACUCCCUCCAAAGAUCGUGAGGAUGCCUCCCCAUCCCCAUCCCCACAACCUCCCACUGCCAUGCCCGCCGCGAGCCCCGAACCACGACCUACCCCGCAACAACCACAGCAAAUACCCAGGCAAGCUCCGCCGCCGCCGAGUGUCGAAGAUUCAAACCCAGAUGAGCUCCGCCAGCAGCAAGACGCUCUCCGUGCUCUCCUCCGCCAGCCAAUGCCCUCCCAGCAAGAUACCGGCGAAGAAGACCCGACUAUGAAGCUCCUGAACUCUCUCAUGGGAGGUAUGGGAGGCUUGCCAGGCGCAGUCCCGGGUGCCGGCCCUGGUGCUGGCGCGGAUGCGAGCGGGGAUUCUCCGGCAGGCCUACCCCCGGGUUUCUUUUCCUCACUCGGUCUCCCUCCUUGGAUGGCGGACGCGCUUGGCACCGCUUCCAAGCCACAAUCUGAAGAGCAGAAGAAGGCCCUUCUGACUUGGAAGAUCUUACAUAUCACAUUCUCGGUGGUCCUCGCGAUCUAUCUUUGUUUUCUCACGAGUUCGUCGGUUGCGAUGUACGGCAGACAACCGCCGCCUCCAGCCACGGCGCAGAACCCUUUCCUCUACUUUACGACUGGAGAACUUCUGCUGGACAGUGCAAGAAUUAUGACCAAGAAUUCUGGACCGCCUGGGCCGUUCCUGUACAUUCAGCUGCUGCGGGAUUAUAUCCGUGAUGGUAGUAUUGUUCUUUUCUUGUUUGGUAUGGGCUCUUGGUGGAACCAAGGAUGGUGA